AUGGUAAAUAAUGACAACGAAGAAGAAGAAGAAGAAGAAGAAGAAGAAGAAGAAGGAGGAGGAGGAGGAGGAGGAGGUGCAUGUGGAAAAAGGAACAGAAGGGAAGUGGAAAUUGAGUACCAAAACAAAGUUAUGGGUAACAGCAGAUGA